AUGUCGCGCCGUUACUCUCAAAACAACAACAGGCAACAACAAGAAGAGUGGAGAAGCAAUAACAAUAGUAGUAGCAGAAAUUUCCCCAAAACACAAACAAAAUUCAUUCCUAAAAAUCAAAACCCUAACUGCAACCCUACUCUUUCCAAUUCUCUAAGGCAAUCGCUCUCAGAUCAAUCCGACGCCGCCGCCCCAUCAUCCACCGGUAAUAGUGGCGCAGGGGAGUCAUCGAGUAGGAUUCAUAUGGGAGAUGACAAAACCUGGGUGUCGAGAAAAGCUGUAGCUGGUGUUCAGGGCGGUGGAAAAUUUGUAACUUACUUGCCGCAGGAUGAGGCUGUGGCUGCGGGACUUGGUGCCGAUGAAGGAGGGUUGGAUCCAGUAGAAUCGCAGAGAGUUGUUGAUCUUUUGAAUAGAGAAUUGUCUCGGUUACUCAAGUUGAAACCUAAAGAAUUUUGGAAAGAAGUGGCUAGUGAUGUAUCGUUGCAUGAUUUUCUGGAUAGCUUCUUGAAAUUUAGGAGCAGAUGGUAUGAUUUCCCACAUCGUGGAGCCAAAGGAAUUGUUGCAGGGGUGAUUGUUGGAGAGCUUGACUUAUGUCGUCGUGUUUUCAUGGUAUUGUAUCGCAUAUCUUCUAAUAGGGAUCCGGGUGUUCAGGCUGCUGCAACCUUGAAUUCAAAGGAUCAUGCCGGUGGGUUGAAGGAUGGCUGGGUGCUAUUUUCCUCUGGAAGCCAUGAAGGCCAAAGAUCCAGUCCGCUUCUAACUGAUUACUUAGAAGUGAUGGACUUUAUAAAUGAUGCAAUUGUCUCCAUGGAUGCUUUUGUUACUGCAUAUGAAUCAGCAGCUGUGUUCUUUUCAUGCCCUGUCGAAAUGAGUUAUGGGAAUGAGGAAAUGCUGAUCACCCUAGCAAGGUUGCAUGAUACUUUAAUUCCAGCUUUGCAGCAUGGCUUCCGGGUCAUCUUGACCGGAUGUGAUGAUGGAAUGAUAUUGAAUGUUGCAGUUAGUUUAAAGAUGUUAUCGACGAGACUGUCCAGAUUUGGAUGGAAAUUGUUGGACUCUUGCUAUUUAAGUGAUCAAAGUUUUGAAGAUUGCCUUCCCAUUCCACCAGUAACAAAGAUUUUUCCAGCAAAAGUUGAGGAUCCUGUCAUAAGGGCAGACAUAUUAAUUCAAACUUUUAGGGAGAUCAAUGGCAUUCUGCUAUAUGCUCAGGAAAACCAGAGCAAGGACACAUUCCUUCAGAAUCUUGAUAAGAAUCAUCACAUAAUGAGCAGGCUUCAGAGUUUACAAAAUGCCGGUAAUUGUAACAAAUUUCACUUUAUUGCAGGGCUAUUUUUUGAGGAUCUCAAGGGUCCUGAAUGUAUGAAUCCACGUGAUGCAGCCUUUGCUUCAUAG